GCGAGCGAGAUGGCGGCCGCCGGGGCUCUUGCGAAGCACGAGCAGAUCCUGGUGCUCGAUCCGCCCACCGACCUCAAAUUUAAAGGUCCCUUUACAGAUGUAGUAACUACAAACCUUAAACUACGAAAUCCAUCAGAUAGAAAAGUAUGCUUCAAAGUGAAGACCACAGCACCUCGUCGAUAUUGCGUGAGGCCGAACAGUGGAAUUAUUGACCCAGGAUCAUCUGUAAUUGUUUCAGUAAUGCUGCAGCCUUUUGACUAUGAUCCAAACGAGAAGAGUAAACACAAGUUUAUGGUACAAACAACCUAUGCACCACCAAAUAUUACAGAUAUGGAGGCAGUGUGGAAAGAAGCGAAACCUGAUGAGUUAAUGGACUCCAAAUUGAGAUGUGUGUUUGAAAUGCCCAACGAAAAUGAUAAACUGAAUGAUAUAGAUGCAAGCAAAUCCGCUCCAGUACUGAACACAUCUAAGCAGGAUGGACCGAUGCCAAAACCACAUAGUGUUUCACUUAAUGACACUGAAACAAGGAAGCUCGUGGAGGAGUGCAAAAGACUUCAGGCAGAGAUUAUGAAGCUGACAGAUGAAAAUCGGCACCUGAGAGAUGAAGGUUUGAGGCUCAGAAAGGUAGCGCACUCGGAUAAAUCUGGAUCACCUACAGCUUUGGCCCUCAGAGAUAAUGGCUCUAAUUCUCUUCCUUCACUUCUUGUUGUAAUUGCAGCCAUUUUCAUUGGAUUCUUUCUAGGGAAGUUCAUCUUGUAGAAAGAAUGAGUGAUAGAAGCAUGCAGAACUGCAGCUUCCUUUUUUUUUUGUUUUGUUUUGUUUUCUUUUCUUUUCUUUUGGCCAGAAAAAGGUUUGUUUACCUACCACAUCAUGGGUAGUACGGCCCGAGUGGCCAUUUUUGUGUACAGCAUCAUAACAGGCUUGGCCUUUAACGAUCUCACACGGUUAGAAAACACAAUCUGAAAAGACAAACUGUUCAGCUGCUGGACAAAAUUGUACAUUCAGUCAUCAAUAGCAGAUAUCUGUUGCAUAGUCAGUCCUUUAUGAAAAUUCAUAAAUAAAGAAUUGUUCUUUCUUUCUGUGGUUUUAAUAAGAAUUCAAAAAUUGUUCAGAGUCUUGUAAAUGUUAUUUUAAUAAUCCUUUAAAAUUUUAUCUGUUGCUGUUACCUCUUGACAAAUGAUUUAUUAGAUUGCUAAUCCCACUCAUUCAGGAAUAUGACAAGAGGUAUUAUGGGGGAAAUGGUGCCUCUUAUUGUGUAAAUUUUCUCCUUACCUUACUUUGCUAAUAUCAUGGCAGAACUUCUUUCUUAUUCCUUGUGAGGCAUUGUUGAGAGUUCUUCAUCCUUAACAGUCCUGUCCCAUAAUAUUUAACAUGACAAAAGAAAUAAAAUUGUUAACAGAU